CCAUGCUAAAAGUAAAGUAGAGAGUAGAAGUCAAGGGGAGAAGAACCUAGUGAUUGUGGAGGAAGACUACGCCACACACGCACACGGAUUGAUUUUUCUUUUGUUUACUAAAUCCACAAAACAAAACCCAGAAAAUUCAAACCUUCCAAAAGCAGCAACUUGCCUCUCUCAUUUGUCAGCUCCUUUUAUAAAUAAAAAAAAGUCUCCUCUUUUUAUUCUUUACAGCAUUUCACAAAAUCUCUUAAUUCACCGAACCCUCCCCAUAUUCUCUGACCCUCUCUAAAGUCUUUUACUAAUAGCCUCAAAGAUUUGCUCUUUAAAGUAUCAUAAGCUACUAGUAGUUUAAUACAUAUUCAAAGAUCAGACCAAACCCACUUCUUGUUUUGUUUUAGGACAAACAAGUCUUGAUCUAUUUCAUCUUCUUUCAUAAAAGUACUUCCUUUCAAAGAUCAGACCAAACCCACUUCUGGGUCGUCGUGGUUUGCUUCAAAGCUGCAUUGGUCAACUAGAAACUUCGAAAAGCUAGUUGCUUUAGGUUGUAUUCAAGUCAUGGACGUCGGAGAAAGAAAUAACCGGAAAAACGUCAACUUCAACCGUCCGCCGGCAAUGGUGUUGGAGAACAGCAAGCAUGAGUUACGUCGGACGCAGAAAAGGUUGAUGAUUCCGGCGAGUUACUUCAGUUUAGAGUCUCUGGUUCUGCUGGUGGGUCUAACGGCGUCUAUGUUGAUCCUUCCGUUAGUUUUGCCGCCGUUACCUCCUCCUCCGUUUAUGCUUCUUUUGAUUCCGAUUGGUAUUAUGGUCUUACUAGUCGUUCUUGCCUUCAUGCCUUCUUCUUCUAAGGCCAAAGAUGUAACUUGCACUUUUAUGUAGAUCCUUUAUUAUUGAAGUUUAUUUUAUUACA